CACUGGCUAAACUUUUUCACAAAAUAUUACUCAGAAUGGACUUUUUAUUAUUGUACAGGGUAAACCAUUCCUGGAUAGUUACUUGCCUAUUAAUCUUUUCCCAUGUUAUGAUGUCUUGUCACAUGGAAGAACAUUCUGAGAGGCGCCAACUUCAUGAGUUAACUGUAAAGAGGAAAGACCUGAAGCGAUGUGACAAUGAUAACCGCGUAUGCGUCACUGACGAUAGUGACUGUGUCCCCAGAUCUCAUGUGUCUCAUGAAAGGGUGAAUAUAUCAUGCUUUUUUCUACUCACGGACUAUGCUCUGACUCCGUAUCCUCAAUGCCUUUGGAGUCAGGAAUAUAACAUCAAUGCAGAAAGCAUGCACUCUCUCAUUUUCAGUCAGACCACUCCGAUUUAUUCUUGUAUGGGAAUCUUCAGCUUUGGUGGACGAAUGAAUGUAACUUUAAAAAUUAAGAACAACAUGAACGGAAUGGAGUCGUGGUCAGCGCCCUACGAAGUGGCAGUACAAGAAGCAAUAAAAGCACCUUGUCCUACCAUCACAUCAGUCAAUGGCUCUGACAACUCACUGGAGGUGACAUGGGGGAUCAGCAAGUUGCACACUAGAUGUCGGGUCCGUUACCGAAUGGCCACUGACAAAUGGACUGAGAUCCCAGCCUAUGUUCUUGUGGAAAGUGCUGAAAAAGCAGUCUACACGAUUGAAGGCCUCAAGCCUUUCAGCAGCUACAUCAUUGCCGUUUCCUGUAUUUUGUCAUUUGGUCACUGGAGUGACUGGAGCAUGGAGACAACUAGGACAACACUGGAGAGUGCACCCUCUAGACCGCCAGAUAUCUGUUAUCAUUUGGAGACGGUGAACAAACAAGGACCUCAUCACCUUAUGCUUAUGUGGAAGGCCCUUGAUGUUUAUGAUGCUCACGGACAUAUUCUUGGGUACCAAGUGAGCUACACACAAACAAAGCACCCCUUUCUGAGUGUGACCACUAACACCACAGAUCUGAAGGUGGUCCUUGUGGUGACCGAGGAUGAGUUGGAGGUCACAGUUAUGGCGUACAACAGCGCUGGUGGAUCUCCUUACUCUCAUCUAAAGAUUGACCUGAGUCUUCAUCAGACUCUACCCUCAGUGAGAAGACUUUGGGUGAAUUCUGAAGAUGAUAGGCUAGUGCUUCAUUGGGAUGUGGGACACAUAUCCCUGCCAGUUAGUGAGGUUGCCAAUGAGUGGGCCACUGAUGCUGCACAUCCCACAUCCAGUCACUGGAAACGAGUGAAUGGCUCCACCAGAUCAACAGUCUUGAAAGACCAUCUUCAGCCUGGGACAACAUACAGAAUCAAUGUUUACCCCAUAUCAAAUCAACUGUGUGGGCCACCCAAGUCAAUCUUUGCCAACCUAGAGUACGGAACGCUUUUAGGUGCAGUCGGAAUGCACGUUGUGGAUGUGACUAAAAACACAGUGACUGUACAGUGGGAGUGGCAGAGAAAGGAGGUUCACCCCAAGGUUCUCAGAUACAGAGUGAUACUGCGCCUGGGGGAGAUACAGGUCGAAUCUAUCCCUGUCUGGCCAGAGGUAUGGCAGCACACAUUCUUCAAACUCCGUGCAAACACAGGCUAUUCUGUUAAUUUACUGGCGGAGACUUCUAAUGACAACAUUUCAAGAGAAAUGAUUCCGAUUAAAACACAUAUUUUUGAACAUAAUGAAAUAAUGUUCACCUUCUGUCUAAUCGUCCUGCUUACUCUUGGCCUUGGAGUUUUCUUGAUCUUAUCCAGAACUGUCUACAAAACAUAUUUCUUUCCAAAUAUUGCUAACCCUGGGGCCAGUGUUGUUGGACGAUGGCUUUUGGAGUCACACCAUGAGAAAAACCGUGUGAAGAAUGUACUGAAGCUGGAGGAGUUCUUAAUCACUGAUCUCUCAGGGGAAAACGGCUUUGUUGAGCUGGGGCAAGAAAGGCCACCUGUGAGAGAGGACGGGAUUUUUAACCCUGGUUCAUCUCACAGUACCCUCAAUAUAAAACAUGUUUUUAUUCCGCAAAAUACAGAAUACAUUGAAAAUACUCCUAAAAGUAACAGAGAGAACAGGGAUUCCUCCCUGAUGUUUAACAAUGUUGCCCACAUAGAGAAUGGCCAGGGUACACACGUAGAAAAUUGCCGGGGUAGCUUACUUCCAGAAAGCACCCAAAUACAGUGCAAUUUUGACUAUAUAAAGAACAAGCAUACUCUUGAAAGAUAGCAUUUUUAGACACCCCAACACCCCAAGCAAUGUUGAGUAAAUUGAAAACACUUUUUCUCAGCAAUAAAAUGCUCAAUAUGGAUCGUCUUCAAUGGAUGCCGUUUUAAUAUUCUCAAUAAACAAACCUAGAUUUUACAUUUACAAUUUGUAAAUGUAAAUGUUUUUUCCACUUAUGUUUUGAGGUGUGACUUUAGCAGGUAUAGCUCGUUAGCACAUAGGGCGCACCGAUUGGUGUCACCUCGUUAGUCAGUAUGUGUUAAACCUGUGCCGACCUAGUGCUCUUGAGAGAUGUAGAGGGUUAACACUUUUAUUCGGCGCUCCUUCUUUUUGAUUUCUAGGCAAACAGUCCUUUAUCUGAUCAUCCCUGUUUUCGUUUUGCUCCACUUUUUGGUUUGCUUCCUGUAUAAGUUUGGUGUUUUUUUGUUGUUGUUGCCUCUUCUCCGACGUCUUCCAGAACUCCCCCUAAAACCCCACUUGUUUCAUUUUCGUUGUUGUUCGUUGUUCCCGCUUCUGUUUGAGAGACAUUUUAGGUUUUCUUGCUAGGGAACUUAAUUAACAAUGUAUACAGUAUUUGUUCUGCUGUAAAAUAUAUUGUACAUAUAUUUUUACAUUUUAUAUUAAACUUCAACCCUAUCCCAUGUCAUUUUAUGGGUUAACUAGAUGGGUAAACAAUGAGAAUGAUUCAUAUAUCGGAUGUCAUUUUUUUGUAUGUAGUAUUCUCUUUAUGUAUUAUGGGGACUUUAAUUCAAUUUAAAUAGAUAUAUAAAUAAUUACCCGAAUUCAGCUUACCUGACUGAUGGUAUCCUAUACGAAAAUAAUAUACUAUGGAAUCACUGAUAGAGAAAACUAUGAAGGGGAAAAUACACACUGAGAAGGGACAGUUAAAAUAUUUGAUUAAAUAGAUGUAGCUGCAGCUCUGGUCCUUCUGUAGCUCAGUUGGUAGAGCAUGGCGCUUGUAACGCCAGGGUAGUGGGUUCGAUUCCCGGGAUCACCCAUACGUAGAAUGUAUGCACACAUGACUGUAAGUCGCUUUGGAUAAAAGCGUCUGCUAAAUGGCAUAUAUUAUUAUUAUUAUUAUUAUUAUUAUUAUUAAAUAACUUGUCAGUAAUUGUAUUGCAUAGUAAUUUAUAUUACCUGUAUAGAGGGCUUAAAGUUGACGUACGAUG